AUGUCACUGGACGAGCAGGCAUCCAACAAGAGUAAAGACUUGCAUCAGCCUAAAGCAAAAAAUCAACCGCAGGGACAGCAACUGGCCGCAUUAUUGAGAGGAAAACUAGACCUUACCGAUUACGACAUGUUUUCUGACCAACCAAAAGAUAUUGGAAAUCGUUCAAGCAGUGCGCCUCCAACUCAAGCUGCAAAUCCGCUUGGUCGGUUUGACCCCUCUGAGUUAGAUAACUCCUCCGUGCCCGAUCUACGAUCCGACCCAGACUACGCAAACUAUUAUUAUCUAAAUUCUCGACAUGACCCACGACUACCGGCUCCCUUAUACACUCCUGGUCAGUCUUGGCCGACGUGGACUAAUAGUGGUAACGGUGUCAGUGCUAGCAGCAAUGGAGGAGGCGGUGGUGUUGGUAAUGGUGUAGGGGGCAGUUUAAAUUCUAAACCCAUUGCAGCGAACGGAUCAUCAUCUACUGCGGACAAAUCAAAAACCUUAGAGCGAUUCCGAGGUUUAGGAGACGCUGAUGACGAGUUUCAGCGUGAUCACCCAUUGGAUCAAAGUCUAGAGCCUGAAACUCACUUAACUCUAAGUCAACCAGAAUACUCUACAGAUACAUCAACAUCUAGUCUAAAAUUUGAUCCUUAUAAUGGCCAAAAUACCACCAGCAGCGCUGCGUCUCUUUGGCGAUCAGAGUUAGCAUCACCAUCUUCACAAAUAAAUGAUCCACAUUCUCCAAGUAAACGAAAAAAUUUGGUGGACAUGAUUCAAGAGCAAGUUGAGAAUGAUGCGUUCAAUCUUCACGAGAUGCGGAAUUCCCUCGAUUUGGAUUACAAUAAUUUACGUAGUUCAACCAGUGAAGACGAUCAUUUAAGUUCCGUUGUUAAUGUAGCUUUGGACGAGGAUCAUCUUGAUCAUCGCUUACCAACCGCGCCUUAUCGAGGUCCUUCACCUCCGCUUCGUAGUAAAUUCGAUCCUCCACCACGAGCUUCUUCUACUCCACCAGCGCCAAACCAUUUCCGUAAUCAAACUAUUAAUUUUGCUCAGGAAUUUCAUGGCGACUUGUCGCAUGCUGAUUUACUCUAUAACUAUCGGUUUGAUGGAAAUGAUGAGUAUGCUGAUGCCUUACAACAAGCUCAACUUCGACAGCAAGCACUCAAACAACAGCGAAUAAAGUUGCAACAAUCACAAUAUAGCCCUUUCUUUAACGAUAGUUCGUCUACAAGUGGAUUUUCCCAAUAUGGACUUGGUGGAAGUCCUCCUCUUGGAUAUCCUAAAGGUAUAGCCAAAGAAUCUAUGGAUAAGUACAUGCUACAGCGUGGGGAUAUGUACGGCCCAGUAUGGGACCCUCGUGAAGAAGAUGUAAUGAGCCGAAAUUUACUUAGCGCCGACCUCGCAUAUCCGCGCCCUAACAGUUCUUUAGGUUUAAAUUCACGCGGAUAUGACUAUCAGAAAGCUCUUCAACAACAACAACAAAUGGGUUUAGGUGCAAGUGGACUUGUUGGCCGAGGUGAUUCGAUCCUAUCGUCCGAAUAUGGCGGCGUCUCAAAAAGCAAUCAAUUUUACAGCCCUAGUCUAAAUGGUAGCAACCUAGGUUCAGUAGGUAGUCUCACUAGUACUCCUCUAAACGCGCAGCGAGGUGUGAGUAAUAUUGCAGAAAAGAAUCUACGAUUUCAGUCACAAUUAUUGAUGCAUCGGGAGCGACUCCAACAACAACAGAUGAUGAUUGCACGCGAACAAAUAUUACGACAUCACCAUUCUGCCGAAUAUUUGAAUGGAAUUUCGGGAUUUGGUGGGAUUUCUAGUGGUCGUCGUAGUCAUGAUCUUAGUUCGAGCAUUUCCGAUCCAGGUCACGCGAUGAUGCGCAGUCCUUUAUUAGAAGAAUUCAGAAAUAACAAAAAUAAAAAAUAUGAACUUCGGGACAUUGUGGGCAACAUUGUAGAGUUCAGUGGUGAUCAACACGGGUCACGCUUUAUCCAACAAAAACUUGAAACAGCCAAUAGCGAAGAAAAGCAAUUAGUUUUCGAUGAGAUUCUUCCCAACGCUUUACAAUUGAUGACUGAUGUAUUUGGAAACUAUGUGAUUCAGAAGUUCUUUGAACAUGGUAACCAGAUGCAAAAGACCAUCUUGGCUAAACAAAUGGAAGGUCAUGUCUUGUCAUUAGCUCUUCAAAUGUAUGGUUGUCGUGUAGUUCAAAAGGCGCUAGAACACGUUCUUACCGAACAACAAGCUACUCUGGUCAAAGAAUUGGACGGAAACGUGCUCAAAUGUGUUAAAGAUCAGAAUGGCAAUCACGUAAUUCAAAAAGCUAUUGAACGCGUACCCGCCGAACAUAUUCAAUUUAUCAUAAAUGCUUUCCAUGGACAAGUUUAUAAUCUCGCGACUCAUCCAUAUGGUUGCCGCGUUAUACAACGGAUGUUUGAGCAUUGUACUGAUGAACAAACCAAACCACUAUUGGAAGAGCUCCAUCGAUAUACUCCGAAUUUAGUGCAGGAUCAAUAUGGAAACUAUGUAAUCCAACAUGUAUUAGAGCGUGGAAAACCCGCCGAUAAAUCAAUGGUUGUAGCAAAAGUUCGUGGUAAUGUCUUGCAAAUGUCCAAACACAAAUUUGCCAGUAAUGUGGUGGAGAAAUGUGUCGCCUAUGGUAGUAAGCGGGAUCGUCAGCUGUUGAUAGAAGAAGUUAUCACUACAAAACCUGAUGGAACGUCGCCAUUAAUCUCAAUGAUGAAAGAUCAGUAUGCUAAUUAUGUAGUUCAAAAGAUGCUAGAUGUGGUGGAUGGUGAACAACGCGACCUUUUGCAACAACAACAUGAUGGCUCUUCUGAAACGACAUUUUCUUGUUUAAACUCACCCACUGGCUCUCGUACAUCUUUUGGCACUGGUUAUACGACACCUGUCGUUCCCACUUCGCCUGUCAUCAGUUCUUAUGAUUAA